AUGGGGGACUCUCCAACAGAUGCCAUGGAUGGAGGCACAGACACCCAAACUGAACUGGCAGAGCGUGUAGCAGCCAUAGAGGUGUCUGUUGUCCCAGACAAAAGUGACCAAAAUGGUGAAGACAACACAGAGGAAAAUGACACAGUCUUUUCUGAUAAUGUAAAGGAUAUCCAAAGAAAUGGAGUCAACAGUGAUGGGGGAAUGAAUGAACUGCUGUCUUCCCAACAGUCAGAAGAUGCUCAGUUGAGGCAUGUUGCCAAGAGACCUCUCACUAGACCUGGUCUAUCAAGUAGGAAGUUGUCUCUUCAGGAAAAAUCAUCAGGUUUUUUGUCUACUAGCAACACUCCAGGUUGUGGUCCUUAUGCCACGGGGCCAUCGCCACGUAUCGUGAGGAGACCAACAAUAGAGUCCAAUCGGGUCUCCAUAUCAGAUUCUGAGGACUGUGUGCAAUUAAACCAGUACAAGCUGCAGAGUGAAAUAGGCAAGGGUUCCUACGGCGUUGUGAAACUUGCCUACAACGAGAACGACGACAAGUAUUACGCUAUGAAAGUCCUCUCCAAAAAGAAGCUCUUGAAGCAGUAUGGAUUUCCACGUCGACCUCCUCCCCGAGGGUCUAAAGCAUCCUCUGGAGAGCAGCCCAAACCCAUGGCACCACUGGACAGAGUCUAUCAGGAAAUAGCCAUCCUAAAGAAACUGGACCAUGUCAACAUCGUUAAGCUGAUAGAGGUCCUUGAUGAUCCUGCAGAGGACAACUUGUACAUGGUGUUUGACCUCAUGAGAAAAGGGCCUGUGAUGGAGAUACCAAGUGAACAGCCCUUCAGUGAGGAGCAGGCUCGGCUCUACUUCCGAGACAUCGUCCUGGGCAUCGAGUACUUGCACUACCAGAAGAUCAUUCACCGAGACAUCAAACCUUCCAACUUGCUCUUAGGAGAUGAUGGACAUGUCAAAAUAGCUGACUUUGGAGUCAGCAACCAGUUUGAAGGGAAUGAUGCUCAGCUCUCCAGCACAGCAGGGACACCAGCCUUCAUGGCACCAGAGGCCAUCUCACAGACUGGCAAAAGCUUCAGUGGAAAGGCACUUGAUGUAUGGGCCAUGGGAAUCACCCUGUACUGCUUUGUUUACGGGAAGUGCCCUUUUAUAGAUGAAUAUAUUCUGGGUCUUCAUAACAGGAUCAAGACCAAGCCUGUGGAGUUCCCAGAAGAAGCACAGAUAAGUGAUGAGCUGAAGGAACUGAUGCUGCGCAUGCUCGACAAAAAUCCAGAAACAAGGAUAACAGUCCCUGAAAUUAAGGUGCACCCGUGGCUGACCAAGGGUGGAGAGGAGCCCCUGCCCCUGGAGGAGGAGCACUGUACAGUGGUGGAGGUGACUGAGGAGGAGGUGAAGAACUCAGUGAAGACAAUCCCCAGUUUGCCAGCUGUGAUCCUAGUGAAGGCCAUGCUAAGAAAACGCUCCUUUGGAAAUCCCUUCGAGGUCCAGGCAAGGAGGGAGGAGAGAUCCAUGUCUGCCCCAGGGAACUUGCUGAUAAAACAAGGGAGCAGAGAAGGAAUCAGGGACCCAGAGCUGCCUGACGUGUGUGAAGACGAAGCUACAUCCUGAAGGUCCCGGCUGGCGCGGGCUGGUCGCGCACGUGCUGCUGCUGUCGUACCCAUCGUGG